AUGGGACCGCCAAGUGUAGAAUUCAUCAUCGUAUCAUCCAAUAGCCCUGAGGAGGCUGCGAGAUCAGCUACAAAACAACGGAAGCUUGCCCAUUCCCACGCCGCUCGCUCGGCGCACGCCAAGACAAGACGUCUCCGAACAAUACAAUACCAAGCCCAGAAAAAUUCCAGGAAAGAAAGUGGCUUGGUCGAACAAUACGAUGAGCAAGUGCCCCCGAAGGCGCUGCCACAGGCCCAGCUCACCAGCUUUUUGUCGGCGAACCGGAAGGAUCCCUUCGCGAGCUUUGCAAUGUCAUUGAAUCCUAUUGAAGAAAUGCUAUUUGACCAUUGUGUGUAUCACUCUAUCUGGGGCCUAUCGUUCGCCACUAAUCUGCGAAAGAUGUGA